AACACUUUGCUAGCCAUUUUAGAUAUAACAGUUUUGCCGUUAAGUCCUUUGCGUGUGCUAAUAAAUAAAAUGAGACGCCAUAGUAAAAAAUUUUUUCAAAAGAUCUUAUACUGAGCUGUUUCUUAAAAAAUUAAUCAAAAGUCGCUAAUAAACAUAGACCCACAGUUAAAUUAUUAAUUUUUAUAGGGAUCAUGUGAUAUGAAGGAGACAUAUACUUUGGUUGAUGAAAUUUUUAAGUGUGUAUGUAUAUAAAUAGGAUAAAUGUGAGGUAUAGAAAUAAUCACUGAAACUUACAAAGAUUUAUGUAUAAUUACUGAGCGAAUACAAAAUACAUCUAGAAAGGAAAGCGUACGUGAUACGAUUUAUUGUAAAACGUCAAUAACAAUUAAGCCAUGAUUGACCCCAGUUCAAGCGAGGAGGAAGGCGAUGACGAUCCCGUGGUGGUUGCACCAAAAGGUCGCACAGUUGCAACAGCAUCGUCUACUUCAAAUUCCAAACCUAAUGUUAAUGCCACCACAAAUGCUGAUACGAACUUCUCUAGUUCUAAAUAUAAUGGCGAUCACUUGCAAACCUCUGCGCAUAAAUCAUUUGGCGGUAUAGCUAUCGCGUCUGGCAAUGCAUCAGAACUUGGCACUGGAGCGGCAAGUGGGAACAGCAAGUUAGAGCAUGGUACCCAUAUGAUAACAAGUGGUGAUGUAUCAGGAAAUUUAGAAGUACCAAACAGUGCCAUACCAAGUGGUAUAUCACAAGAGACGCUCAACCAAAGUGUUGGGUCAUCACGUGCAAAUUCUCUACCUCGACCAAUAUCGCCGUCACCGUCUGUUGUGAGCGAUAAAAAUGAUGGAGCCGUGCAUGAAAGACAUGAACGUGAAGAAGAGGAUCGCAAGCGACGUAUACAAUUAUAUGUUUUUGUUUCACGUUGUAUAUCGUAUCCAUUCAAUGCGAAGCAGCCGACUGACAUGACCAAGAGGCAGCCUAAAAUAGUCAAGCAACAAUUGGAAACAAUUACUCAGCGAUUUCAAGCUUUUCUAAAGGGCGAAACACAAAUAAUGGCUGAUGAAGCCUUUCAAAAUGCUGUACAAAGUUAUCAUGAUGUUUUCUUGAAAUCAGAACGCGUACAAAAAAUGGUACAAUCGGGAGCGUGCUCCCAACAUGAUUUUCGUGAAGUUUUCCGAAAUAAUAUCGAGAAACGCGUGAGGUCUUUACCUGAAAUCGAUGGCCUAAGCAAGGAGACGGUUCUUACCUCGUGGAUGGCCAAAUUCGAUAUAAUACUUAAAGGUACUGGUGAAGAAGAUACCAAACGACCUUCUAGAAUGCAGCAAUCCCUCAACAGUGAAUUGAUUUUGUCUAAGGAACAGUUGUACGAUAUGUUUCAACAGAUUUUGAGUGUUAAGAAAUUUGAACACCAAAUUCUAUUCAACGCGUUAAUGCUGGAUUCAGCCGAUGAGCAAGCAGCUGCAAUCCGCCGUGAGCUAGACGGUCGAAUGCAACGAGUUAGCGAAAUGGAAAAGAACCGAAAACUAAUGCCAAAGUUUGUUCUAAAAGAGAUGGAGUCUCUUUAUAUUGAGGAGUUAAAAUCAUCUAUAAACCUGCUGAUGGCGAAUUUGGAGUCCUUACCAGUAUCUAAGGGAAAUAUGGAUAGCAAAUAUGGAUUACAAAAACUCAAACGAUACAAUCAUAGGUACAUAUUUCUCACUCCAUCCUUUCUGAAGAUGAUACUGCGAUCACAUGGCUCACUUUCAAAAUUGGAAGGUGAUGCAGAUGAGGGCAUAACGCAACUAACGAAAUUGGAUGUUGUACUUACAUUUCAAUUGGAAGUUAUUGUCAUGGAAGUUAAGGGUCUCAAAUCUUUGGCGCCCAAUCGAAUUGUGUAUUGCACCAUGGAGGUAGAAAAUGGUGAAAAACUACAAACCGAUCAAGCGGAGGCUUCAAAACCAAUGUGGGAUACCCAAGGUGACUUCACAACAACACACCCCUUGCCAAUAGUUAAAGUAAAGCUAUAUACAGAAAACCCUGGUAUGUUGGCAUUAGAAGACAAGGAACUGGGCAAGGUUACAAUAAAACCAACACCACUUUCAUCGAAGUCCCCCGAAUGGCAUCGACUGGUAGUGCCCAAAAAUCUUCCAGAUCAAGACCUCCGAAUUAAAAUUGCUUGUCGGUUGGACAAACCUUUAAAUAUGAAGCACUGUGGGUACCUUCAUGCAAUUGGUAAAUCAGUUUGGAAGAAGUGGAAGAAACGGUAUUUCGUGUUAGUUCAGGUGUCCCAGUACACAUUCGCAAUGUGUAGCUACAAAGAGAAGAAGUCUGAACCAUCGGAAAUGAUGCAAUUGGAUGGAUAUACAGUGGAUUACAUAGAAGCGGCGAGCGCCAAUUUAAUGUUUGGCAUAGACUUAAAUGGAGGCCGUUAUUUUUUCAAUGCAGUUCGAGAAGGUGAUAGUAUUGUUUUUGCCUGCGAUGAUGAAAAUGAAUGUAGUCUUUGGGUCAUGGCUAUGUAUAGGGCUACGGGGCAAUCGCACAAACCUACACCUCCAGUAACCCAGGAUAAAAACUCGGCGAUAUCAAAAAUACAAGGCGAUGCCGACAAAGCUCGAAAGCAUGGAAUGGAAGAUUAUAUAAGUGCAGAUCCUUGCUCAUUCGACCACGCUAGUCUUUUCAAAGUACUACAAAAUCUCACGCUCGAGUAUCGCCUUAACGAUCCUUAUGCGUCAUUGGGUUGGUUCAGUCCUGGCCAGGUCUUUGUGCUCGAUGAAUAUUGUGCGCGAUAUGGAGUGCGUGGUUGUUACAGACAUCUCUGUUAUUUAUCAGAUUUGUUAGAUCUUGCAGAAAAGCAGUAUAUGAUCGACCCCACGUUGAUACAUUACUCGUUUGCGUUUUGUGCUAGCCAUGUGCACGGAAAUAGACCCGAUGGCGUUGGCAGCAUAACGCACGAGGAAAAGGAAAAGUUCGCUGAAAUUAAAGAGCGACUUCGGAUAUUACUUGAGCAUCAAAUAACGAAUUUUCGCUUCUGUUUUCCAUUUGGUCGUCCGGAAGGUGCUUUAAAAGCUACCUUGUCUCUCUUAGAGCGUGUACUCAUGAAAGACAUUGUUACACCCGUACCACCAGAAGAAGUACGUAUGAUGAUUAAGAAGAGUUUAGAAACAGCAGCCCUAGUUAAUUAUACACGACUAUCUUCUGAAGCGAGAAUUGAAGAGGAUCUCCGUGGAGAAAUCAUAGUACCGGCAGCUAAGAAACUCGAAGACCUCAUACAUCUGGCUGAACUUUGUGUUGAUCUGUUGCAACAAAAUGAAGAACACUAUGCAGAGCUUCGAAAGCAUGAGAAAAAGAAUAAGGAAAAAAAGGAAGAUCAAGCUACAAAAGAGGAAACAACCGAAGCAGUUACAUUGGGCGGUGCGGGCCAAGGUACAAACGGACCCGGAGCAUCAACCGCCGCCGGUAUCGGCAGUAAUGCUGGCGAUUCUGGAAAAUCGGCUCCAGAAGCGGGAGCUACCGGAGCAGAUGGAGCAACAGCUUUUCGCUACUGCAUGCCAACAUAUGCAGUAUUCAACUCACCAGUACCAACGGCAUUCGCAUGGUUCAGUGACCUGUUGGUGGAACAUGCAGAAAUCUUCUGGUCGCUAUUUGCUGUGGACAUGGAUAGGGUACUCACCGAGCAGCCACCAGAUACAUGGGACUCAUUUCCUUUAUUUCAAAUACUUAAUGACUAUUUGCGUGCAGACGACAAUUUGCGGAACGGGCGCUUUCACCAGCAUUUGCGUGACACGUUUGCACCGCUAGUUGUACGCUACGUCGAUCUCAUGGAAUCAUCAAUCGCUCAAUCAAUACACAAGGGCUUCGAAAAGGAACGCUGGGAUAGUAAAGGGAUUAAUGCAGCUUUAAAUCCAGCGACAUUAAAUAACGCGGCUCAGGCUUUAAAUACCGCAGCCCUUAAUCCGGCGGCACUACUUGGGAGCAAAAAAGAUCAGGUCAAUUUCUAUAUACCAAAGCUACCAAGGCGUUCUGUUAAUGCUAACGAAGAUACGAGAAAUGGUUGUGCCACAUCCGAGGAUCUCUUUUGGAAAUUAGAUGCCUUACAAUCGUUCAUACGUGAUCUUCAUUGGCCGGAUGCUGAGUUUCGUCAACAUUUGGAGCAACGCCUGAAAAUGAUGGCUACUGAAAUGAUUGAACAAUGUAUACAGCGCACGGAUUCAUCAUUUCAGUCGUGGUUAAAGAAAAAUGUGGCCUUCAUUUCAACCGAUUAUAUAAUACCAUCGGAGAUGUGCGCAAUGGUUAAUGUGAUAUUAGACGCUAAAAAUCAAAGCUUUAAACUAACUACAAUAGAUGGUAUUGAUUUGUACAAAUUUCAUGCAAAAAUUGAUGACCAAAUCGAUAAAGCGAAUGUAGCUAUGACACAAGGACUCAUUAGUAAACUUAUGUCUGUGCUAGAGUCGACUUUGUCGAAACUGGCACGUUACGACGAAGGCAGCCUGAUUGGUUCUAUACUUAGCUUUACAAACGUGUCCAGCUCAGGGAAGGAUCUUGGCCAAGGUUAUGUAAAUUUCUUUCGUAACAACAUGGACCAAAUACGUGGUAAAAUCGGCGACGAUUUGUGGACACUAAACUUUUUUGAACAAUGGUACACGCAGCAGAUUAAUAUGCUUUGUAAUUGGCUCUCCGAGAGGCUAGAUCAUGCUCUCCACUAUGCUCAAGUGACUUCCAUAUCACAUAUAACAAAGAAAAUUUACUCCGAUUUUGAGCUUCAAGGAGUACUAGAGGAUAAACUCAAUUCCAAAGCAUAUCAAACUGUUGCCCAACGUAUGGCCACUGAGGAGGCAACGUGCGCGUUAACCAUGACUGAUGUUGUCGAGUGUGACGAGAACGUGGAUGGGCUGAAAGGCGAAGGAGGUGACGAUGAUGUCACCGGUGACGAUGGUGUUGCAGGCGCUUCACGUGGUUUACCCAAACCGAAAAUUGCCGCCGCACAAGCAGCGGCCGUAACUAACGUCGUGGCUGGUAGGGUUGGCAAUUUAUUAGGAAAGGGUAUUGGUGGACUUAGCUCAAAGUUGGGGGGUGGAAGCUGGUUUUAAAGCCAACCCAACGUAAUGUAUGUAUAUUAAGUUGUCUAAUAGUGAUUUAAUGAAAAAAAUUGAUCGGUAUUAUUGCAGUUAUAUAGCAUACAACCAUAUAACAAAGCUGCAUCGUGAACUUUGUAAUAGCGACAUGUAUAUGCCUGUAAUUAUAUUCUUACAUUCAUAUACAUAUCUUAUCUGCUUAAAUAUACGAAUUAUAUGAGUCUACAUAAGACCUAUGUUUUUACAAUAGUUAACCAUGCAAAAAUUGUUUGCUAAAUAAUAUAAUUAUUGAAGAAAAUAACAUUUUACUCAAUACCUACAGUCAGUUAAUAAUUUUUUCUUCCUUUUACUCCUACUGGCAUAACAACAAACUAACGAAAACUAAAAAAAGUUGUUACUUUAGUAUCUAAGGCAUAUCUAGAUAUACUUAUAUUCUAAUAUACAACAUAUGUUUUUAAAUUUACAUACAUACAUAUACUGAUAUAUAUAUAUAUAUAUUAAAUAAUUAGCGUAUCACUGAAAUCCGUAUCGAUUCCUCAUGAUAGGGAAUUUUGGUUUUCAAUAUUAACAGCAAAAUUUAGUCUAUACCCCUAUAUAAUUCCAUUCAGAUGCAUAUAUACACUUAUAUCUGCAUUGUAUUCAAAAAUAUUGAAAAUGUUAUCUAAAUAGUAUAAUUUAAUUAUAAAUAUUCUGUAAUCUGUAACUCUUUAAUCGUUUACCUUGCGAAAAUGUUCAUGAUUAAAAAAGUAAAAAAAAAAUGUUAAAACAAGGCAAUAUACUCACCUUGAUACUGCGAGCCAAGUCCAUGCAAUAUAAAAGAGAAGCAUAUACCAAAAUCUACAAUAUACAUACAAUAUAUGCAGUUUCACUACUUCGCAAAUAUCAGCACCAAUACUAUUGCUUCAUGACCAUCAACACAACCAUUGCUACAAUGAUAACCUAAGUCAAGUAUAAGAGUAAUGUAACAAACUCUUGAAAUAUUAAUUAUACUUCAUGACAUUGCAUAUACAGUGGUAUAAAGUACAUUUUAUUUAACAAAAGUCAUGAAUAACGAGUAAAAUAAGUUUAGAUGUUAUAAUCUUAUUAUAAAAGAUUGCAAUGAAGCUAUGAGAAUUAAUCAUGAAAUUAUUUUGAAAAGGUCCACCAAGAAGAGACUACUUCAAUUUUUUUAACGUACUUAACAUACGAAAUCAUAAUUAGAUGUUUCACUCCAAACUUAUUUUUUACAUUCUUUAGUAGGAUGAGAUUGAAAAAAGUUUUAGUGAAAGCGGAUAAGUUAAGCUAUUUGAUUUACAAUUUACUAUUUACAAUACUACUAUAGUAGUAUGCUGUAUCUGCCAGAAUAUCAAAAUGAGACUCCUGACUAACAGAGUCACUAAAUGAAGAUUGUGACAAUUAGAGACAGAAUACCGAUAUUAGUCUGCCUUGUUAUCGCAGUCAACGUCUUUCAAGUCACAUUAACUUUUUCAACGCAUAGAGAUGUCGAUGUUCCAACUUUUCGUGGUAACUUCCUAUUAACAUCAUUUACCAAAUGAAUUAUUUUCAAUAUUUCGGUCAACUUUAUUACAUGCUGAAUAAGAAUGAUAAGCUGGCUAGCUAGCGAAGUUUGUGAUCAGAAAGAAACGUCGGAGACUCAAUAAGGUAAAUCAGUGGCGGAAAUUUCCAAAAAUUUGGAUUUUUGCCUAUGUGAUAUUCUAUCUCUAACUCAUUCAUUCAACGUGAUUCUUUAGGAAGAAUCGAUCGAUCUGGCAAAGGCAUCGAAUAUGAUAGAUACGCUGCUUGUAACGUUCCGAAAUCGAAGUCAUAAAGUUGAGGAACAUUUUCGAUUCAUUUAUUCUGACAGGAAAAAAAUUACGGCAGAACUGAAAGUCGACGAAGGAAAACCAAGCACUGCGGCCGACAAACAAAACGCGAAAAUUACAGCGCGAGAACUUGCGAAUAAUACUAUAGGGUCUCUGUUUACAUUCCUCUGUUGGAUGCAAUCGUAAAAAUUUGAAGACUUUUCUUCAGAAGUAUGGGAUGGAUUUCAAAUGAGUUUGCUGCUUCCAGAAAAAGAAUGUGCUUUGAAAACCAAAGAUAGAUUUAAAGGCCUUUGGCGACAGAAGCAAAAGUCAAAACACAACAAGUUACCGAUUAUUGCAUUGGAAACGAUGAAGAACUGCAAUUUAGACCCAUACCCAUAAUUCAAAGUUUUCUUCGCAUAUUCUGCAAACUUUCUGUGACGGAUUCGAGCUCUGAAUGCUCUUUUUCGACACUUCGCCGCAUGAAAGACAAAGAUAGAUUGAUCGGCCUGGCGUUGCUGCACUCGCAUCAUGACAUUGAAGUCACUGCAGAAAAAGUUCUCGAAAUAGGAUUCUUGGCUCACAUUGUUUUGUUUUGUGGAAUUUCAAUAAAGUAUAUCACACGCACGUUUACGAUUUAUAUUGCGUGUUUUUCAAUUUAGUGGGAUUUGAUAUUAGAAGGUCGAUUUAAAAUUUUUCCACCAUUAUAUUAUACUGUAUAAAGACUACUAUAUUUAAUAUGUUAAUCUCAAUGUUUCAAGUAAAUAAAAAUGAAAAAAGAGGUGCAUACAUUCAAAAUUUUGGAAAUUCUCCAGUAAAUGCAGCAAAUAUUUCAGAUGAGAUUCCUGGCAAAAGUACCAGUAAUAAGAUACCAAUUGAUGCAAUAUGUUACCAGCACUAUGUACAAAAUGUAUUGUCAUAUUUAACGCCUAUCAAAAAAUGGAAACUAUCGGAGAAUCCUGUAUACACCCUGUUUAUAUAAAUGUUUAUAAAACAGUGUACUUAUGUAUGUAUACCGGACUCAAUGAUUAGACCUAUUUUGUUUGAUGUACAUACUAUGACAAAAAAUAAGUAAUAAGUAAUUGAAUACAGAAGGAAUGUGCUUGUGCGCUGUACAUUACCGCUCAACUGAAUAUGUUCACAUAGCUGAUCGAUAUGCACUGGAGUGUAGUUGGCGCAGUUCCGUUACUUUGCAUAUUUUUUUUAUGUCGUUCGUUGAAUUCUAAGCAUUUUUUUAGCUCAAGUAAAUAGAUUCACCUGUUUCCAUUUCAGUUUGUGAUGAAAUUUAGCGAUAUAGCGACCAAAUUAAUUUCUAAUUUUCUUUUUUUAUAUACUUUUUGCACAUUAAAUUCAAAAUGGGUCACGGAGAGGAACUUUCCGACUACGAAAGAGGUAAAAUCGAAGCUUUUCAUGAAAGUGGUCUUAGUCAUUACAUAACCACUUAAAAAUUUGAAGAAGCAGAGCAGAAUAUAAAAUACCACCAUUAAAUGGCGCAAAGCUUCACGACUGCAAUUUGAACGCAAGAUGGACAAAGAAUGGAACAAUGUGGAUUUUACCGAGAAAAAAAUGAAUUUAGACCGCCGAGAUGGGUACGACAAUUAUUAUCACGAUCUACGAAAAAAAUCAUUUUCUGAGCCGUCGCCACUCGCGUAAAGGAGACGUAAUGGAUUUCUAUAAGUCUAUGGUACUUGCGACCUUGAAUUUGGUUUUUAGAAAAUGAAAGCGGAAACCUAUAAAUCAAAUUGGCCCGGACAAAUAUGUAACAACAAAGACUAGAAAAUUCCACUAUAUAACGGCCGAUAUGAAGUUAUUUCAAACAAAAGAGGAUUAUUCAUUAUUAAACUUUAUUAAAAAUAUAUUAAAAACAUACUAAAUAAGAAAUAAAAGGAAAAUAAAAUCAAAAUAAGCUUGGACAUUUAAUUAACUUAGUUUUUUGUAUAUUGAACCUAUCAGAUGACCAAAAAAAUCCCUAAUUUUGAUACUAUUUCAGAAAAAAAAUAUGGAAUAAACAAUAAGUUGCGAAAAUCGUACUUUUAAAUCUAAUUAAUAUACGAUUUAAGAAUUAUAGUAGUAGUAGUAUAUAAUAUAUACAAUCAUGAACCUUUUCAUUUGAGCGGCAGUGUAUCACAUGCCGCUAAUAAAUUAAAGCUGUCAUCUUUGAUUAAAUGCACUCGGACCCACCAAGUGACAACUUGUCCCAGUGAUCGAUCAACAGGUUUAGAUAAUGUCCAUUUAUGCCCAUAAAUAAUCUUUUCACAGACUAUGACACACCGUGAUACAAAAAGCGUUUGUCUGAUUAAAUGGUAGUGAAAUAUAAGCCAUUUUGUGUAACACACUUUCAAACGCUGAACGAAUUCACUUUUAUCUCGCCACGAUUGAAUAUCAACACUUUUUUCCAAUUUUCUCGAGUUUUUAAAUAUAUGUACAUACAUACAUAUGUAUGUACCUAGUUCAUGAAAGUUUUAAACGCGGUUUCACAUACUUAUAAAUAACUGACAUAGUUAAUGAUUAUAACUACUAGUUAUGCAAUUACUGGGACAAAAAACUUAAGCCCUUUAUUAUUCAAGAAAUAUAAAUAUUCCAUGCAAUUAUAUGAAUUAUUCAAUAUGAGUUACAUACGUGAUUAAAAUGUUUUUAAUCUGGUUAAAAAAAACUGCACGUGGAAAUAACGAUAUUUUGGUAAAAUAUUCAAGUUAUUAUUCCCUCUCUUGUCUUCGCUGAUCAAUCACUGACAAAUUUAUCUUAUUCAUAUAUCUUUUUUUCUUAAUAACAACAUCCUUUUUUCAUUAAUACAAUUAGAAAUGCUUUCGCAAAAGUAUAUAUUGAUUGAAAUAACUUAUCUUGAACAGCAAUUAAUACUAGCACAAAUGUAUUUAAUGGCGAAAAAUUCCUGCUGCAUGUUUCUCAGUGCAAAUCAUACACAUUGACAACAGAAAUAAAUAUGUCAUCUCCGACGUGAAAAUUAAUUACAUAUAUGGAAUUAUCGCGAGUGCACAGUAUAUGUACAAAUGUGUAAGUGUAUGUACUUACUUAUGUAUAUCUAUAGAUAUACAAAACUAGUUUAGCAAAUAAAGCAAUUAAACAAAAAGCACGAAAAAACACCAAAAACAUAUAUUGUAACGAAUUAUUGUAAUUGAAUUGUAUAAAGUAAUAAUUUUAAUUAUAAGAAAUAUUAUAAUGUACUGUAUGUACAUCACAUAUUAAUACAUUUACGAUAAAGUCUACAAAUGUACGUAAAUGCAUGCCAAUAACACAUUUAAUGCAUACACACAUAGAUACCUACAUGAGCAUGUAAAAAGUAUUUGAUAGUGUGUACAUAUGUAUAACUGUUACAUAAAUAUGGUAUAAGCAUACAUAAGUACUUGUACCAUGUAUGUAUGUAAUUAAAUUCUAAAUUGUAUAUAGCAUAUAUACAUAUUUAAUUACAUACAUACAUAUAGAAAAAUAAUGCUUACCAUGUAAUGUGUGAACUGAUAUGUGCAUGUACGUAUAUAUUGAACUUAUUCCAUUUUCACACCUAGCCAAUAAUAAAGCGUUUAAUUCUUGCAAACAAUAGAAA